AUGGUAUUGACGCAAGAGUUGUCUGCAAAAUCAUCUGGACUAAUGAGAGUGAAAGAAAGAAUGGUUGCUGCCGCUGCAGAUUUUCAAGGCCUUCGAAUGAUGGUGGAGAAUGACCAAGCCGGUUUUUCUCAGUAUGAACUGGGUAUUGAAGGUGUUGGAUACCUAACCAUUCCACCGGGUGAGGAUGGUGAAUCAUGCUUAGUACGGAACUUAUGCUGGUAUGGCACUGUUUGUGUUCAAACUGUGACAGGUGCUCGGUGCAUGGCUAAAGACUCAGAGAAUAACUGCGAUCAAAAAAAGUGUCCGUCAGGAUCAGCGUGUGAGUAUACUGAACCAGAGUGUAUUCAGGACAAGCCCUGUUACGCGGAGCCUAAAUGCAAGAACCAAGGACCUCAAGUUGUACCGCAAGAACAAACUGCAGAAAUGGUCCCCAACGAAGUCCUUAUUCCAUCAAAUCAACGUAGCAAUCCACCAGUUCCAGCGUGUGGAAGGAAUGAAGAACUGAAUGGAUGUGGAGCCUUAUGCGAGGGAAAGUGUGAAAAUGUGAACAGGGGGCCUAUUCCCUGUCCACUCAUUUGUCUUCCCCCCGCAUGCGCAUGCCGUGACGGCUUCUACAGAAACGCCAACAACGACUGUGUGACAGCAUCUCAGUGUCCAAGGCAAUGCAGCGCUAAUGAAACUUUCAACUCUUGUGGAAACCUGUGCGAAGGAAAAUGCGAAAACGUCGGCAGGGUACGUCGCCUUUUUCUCGCUAUUAAUAAAACGCAACGCAAAAGUGCAAUCGACCAUGGAUGGGUGAAAUAA